AUGUCGAAAAGAUUAAACAGCAAUGCCUCAAAUGGCUUGGCCAAGGACUCAGUAGUCGGCGAACCUACUGUAGAUAAGCAGAAGAAGCUGCUCGAGGAGGACACCGGUCACUUUUCCCUCAUCAGGAUGCUUCAUUUAGCAGAUCUCAUCACCGAGCUCAAUGGGUUCUGUGGAGUCAUGUCUGUCUUCUCAUCCAUGCGCUACUGCCUUGGAGCAUCCUCUGCUCAGGGAAAUCUAUGGGCGGCGUUGGGGUUCAUGCCCUUCGGCCUUUUCUUCGACUUCAUGGACGGGAAAGUUGCGAGGUGGAGGAACAAGAGUAGUCUUAUGGGGCAGGAGCUUGAUUCUCUGGCGGAUCUGAUAUCGUUCGGCGUCUCCCCAGCCGCAGCAGCUUUCGCUAUCGGGCUCCGCACACCUGUCGAUCACCUCCUCCUUACAUUCUUUGUGCUCUGCGGAUUGACGCGCCUUGCCCGAUUCAAUAUAACCGUAGCAAAUGUCCCCAAAGAUGCUACGGGGAAGAGUAAAUAUUUCGAAGGCACCCCGAUUCCGACGUCACUGUCCAUUGCGGCCUUGAUGGGGUACUGGGUAAAGCAGGGUUGGAUCCUUGAGAACCUGCCUUUGGGAACUUGGGCCACUGGCACGAUGUUUGAGUUCCACCCAGUGGCAGGUCUCUUUGUGCUUAGCGGGGUAAUGAUGACGAGCAAGAGUAUACACAUUCCCAAGCCAUAA